UCUUAUAAAUAGUUAAUUAAAUGUCGACUUAAAAAGUUGACUUCAAGGUGAAAAAAUGUCGACUAUCAGCCGGCAAACAGUCAUUUGUGGUAUGUGGAUUGUAGCUAUAAUUAGCUUGAAAUAAAGAAAGGAGAAGCACAAAACUAGAAUGCAUACUAGAAAUACAUGCUUUUGCUUUUAGUCUUGCGAUCUGAUCGAAAGUUCAGCAAGGGGGCGCGUUUGUUUCAACAAUGUCAAGUUGUUUUAUUUUAUCGUUUUACUUUAUUUGCUGUAUUUCAAUUGGCCUCGUGACAUCGAAACCACUGUCAGUUUUACUGAUACAGAGUAUUCCAUCGACCAGUCAUCACAUCUGGACGGAGCAUUUAGUUAAAGGACUGCUUCGCAAAGGCCAUCAUGUGCACACAGUGAGCGUACUGGAGACUAAGAUUGAGGGGAAACUCGCGGAGAACCUAACGUACGACGUUUUCGCAGAUGUGAUGACGUCUCACGACAAAUUUGAAGAUUAUUGCCCUGAUCAGUGGGAGGAAUUCAACGAAUUUUAUAUGGCUUAUGUUGCAUAUCUAUGGGGCAUCAUAAAAUGCGACACAGUGAUAAAAACGAAAGCAGCAAAAGAACUUCUGGAAAUGAUCAAGACUGUCGAGUUUGAUGUUAUAGUACACGACGUUACUCUACAGCAAUGUUUCUACGGAUUGUGGGAGGAUGCUAAGGGUAAGCCACCGAUAGUAGGCCUUAUUCCUUUAGGCAGUGCACCUUGGCUCAAGGAUUUCACCGGUGGUCCAAGUUAUCCAACUGUUCGACCUUAUACCAGUUCAGUUAUUGCAAAACCUGUAGGUUUGUGGCAGACAACGUGGAAUACUUUAUAUUUCAUGGUGGAUGAUCUUCUGAGACACUAUUAUUUCUUGCCUAACGCUCAACGGAUCGCUGAGAAAUAUGUAGGCCACGCAAUCAGGCCAUUACACGAAAUAGAAAAAGACAGUAUUAAUAUAGUUUUAAUUAAUAGUUAUUGUGCGUUUGAGCCUGCAAUUCCAGUACCGCCGAACACUUUGGAAACUGGGGGAUUGCACGUUCAGACCGUACAGCCGAUUGCUGGAGAUAAAGUCGUAACGUAUCCCAAGAACGUGCAUGUAUUUCUUGAUGAAGCAAAGAGCGGAGCCAUUGUAAUAUCGUUAGGUACAAAUGUGAGAUGGAAAUGUUUCGGGCCAGACAAGAUUAAGGCCGUUAUAUUGGCUCUGUCGAAAUUGAAACAACGAGUGCUUUGGAAGUUAGAUAUAAUUGAUCGAGAUAUUGAAGCAUCAUUUCAAAUGCCGGAUAAUGUCAUGACAAUGAAGUGGAUACCGCAAAAAGAAGUUUUGUCUCAUAAAAAUGUGAAAGCAGUCUGGAUGCAUGCUGGUCUUCUUAGCACCCAAGAAGCCAUUUGGGAAGGUAUACCAAUGAUUGUAACGCCUUUCUUUAUGGAUCAAAAGUCUAAUGCUGAAGUAUUAGUGGCUAAAGGCGUUGGUAUACGCUUAGACUUUAAAAUUUUAUCUACACAGUCCGUACUACAUGCAAUUGAAAAAAUACUUUACAAUAAAAGUUAUACAAGAAACAUGAAACGAUUAUCCAGUGAAUUCCGGGACCGGCCAAUCCCGCCAUUAGAUUUAGCUGUUUGGAGUAUUGAAUACACCGCUCGUCAUCCUAAUGGAAGUUUAGCAACGCCACUUAGAUCUCAGAGUUGGAUGGUACAAAAUCUAAUCGAUGUCUACGCAGUUUUGUUCCUUAUUUUCUUCAUAAUAUUGUUGAGUAUAUACUUUUUAACAAGAAAAUUAAUUAAUUUUUGCUACAAUUAUACAUAUAUUGUAUUUAAGUUGUGCAAAAGCAAACAAGCUUAAACUGUUAAAUAUCAACAGAGAGUGCGUGUUAUUACUGAAUUUAAUAUUAAAAACGUGAAUAUUCACAAAAGUAUAAUAUAUUAUUUACAUAAAUAUGUAUAAUCCUUUAUACCAUAUGUUACAUUGUACUCACUUGUCAAAUAAAUCAAUAUAAUAGUAGA